AUGGGGCUGGCAGAGGGCCAGGUCACCCUCAGGGGAUCCCUCUCCAUGCUUGGGCUCUGUGUGCUCCUGGCUCCAGUCCAGAGCUCGGCAGGCCGUCCCUCAUGGCGCUACAUCUCCUCCGAGGUGGUGGUUCCCAGGAAGCAGAUGCCUCCAGGCAAAGGUGUGCAGGUGCUAGGCUGGCUCUCCUACACCCUGAGCUUCGGGGGCCAGAGGCACCUGAUCCACAUGAGGCGCAAGAAAGUGUUUGGGCCCAGACACGUGCCGGUGAUGUCCCAGGACGACCAGGGAGCCUCGCAGAUGGACUUCCCCUACCUCCCUCACGACUGCUACUACCUGGGCUUCCUGGAGGAGAUCCCUUACUCCAUGGUCACCAUCAACACGUGCUACGGGGGGCUCGAAGGUAUAAUGAAGUUAGAUGAUCUGGCCUAUGAGAUCAAACCCCUGAAGGAUUCUCUCAUGUUUGAACACGUGAUUUCUGAGAUAGUGGCAGAUGCCAAUGCCAUAGGGCCUAUGUAUAGACUAGGAUACAAGGACCCCCCGCUGUCAAAAGAAAACAUCAGUGCAGCCUUGAGGAUCUCAAGCAAGAUUUAUGCCUCUCAUGCAGGUGUGAUAGAAGGUCUUCCUUCAAGUUCUCAUGAAGUAUAUGAACUAUUUAAUAAUGUAUCACAGUGUAUCACAUAUCUGAUAGAUAUUGCUUCCAUGGUGGACUCAAUUUUCUGCACCAAUUUAGGCAUGAACAUGAUUGGUCACCUGGGAAGACAUUAUUAUUUGUUAUCUGUGGUUGUAGCCUUUCAAUCAGGGAGGUCUAUAGGUUUUUAUGUUGAUGGAUCUCAGUGUUAUUGCCAGAGAAGGUCUACUUGCAUCAUGUUUAGGUAUCCCCUGAUAACAGAUGUGUUCAGUAACUGUACCAUUGUACACCUAGGGCAAAUAUUUCUACCAAAAGCCUCUUGUGUGUAUGAUCUUCCUCGUGCCCCCUUUAAUGAAAGCCUAAUAGAACAUCGUUGUGGAAACGCUAGAGUGGAGGGGAAGGAGCAAUGUGACUGUGGCUCUUAUAAAGAGUGUUACAUUGACAAGUGUUGUAGAACUGAUUGUAGGCUGACCCCUGGAAGUAUCUGUCAUAAAGGAGGAUGCUGCACAAACUGUACCUACAGCCCCAUGGGCACACUCUGCAGACCUAUCCAAAAUAUAUGUGACCUUCCAGAGUACUGUACUGGGGUGGACUAUAGCUGCCUCGAAGAUGUUUAUCUGCAAGAUGGAACCCCGUGCACUGAGGAGGGUUACUGCUUUCAUGGGAAUUGUACUGACCGCUCCAUGCACUGCAAAGAAAUCUUUGGUGAAGGUGCUGUGAAUGCAGAUGAUAUCUGCUACAAUAUCAACAGGAAAGGCAACCGAUUUGGACACUGCAGGAGAAAUAUUGCACAACCAAGACACCAGGCCUGUAACGUCAAAGAUGUUAGGUGUGGAAAGCUACAGUGUACCAAUGUGACUCAUCUUCCCCUGUUGCAGGAUCAUGUCUCAUUUCAUCACUCUUUGAUCUCAGGUGCUCAUUGUUUUGGAUUGGAUGAACACCGUUCGACAGAAGCAACUGACGUUGGACAUGUGAGGCCUGGUACCCCCUGUGGUGCUGGAAAGUUCUGUACAUCUGGCAGCUACUGCAAUGGUAUUUUAACUGAACUGAAUUAUGACUGUCACCCUCGGAAGUGCAGUUACAGGGGAAUGUGCAACAAUCAUAGAAACUGUCACUGCCACAGAGGCUGGGAACCACCACUAUGUCUAAGACCGGGUGCUGGUGGAAGUGAAAACAGUGGGCCACCUCCACGCAGAUUCAGGGCAAUAACACCAAGUGACCAGCCAGUCUUUUAUAUGAGAUUAGUGUUCGGUCGUAUUUAUGCCUUCAUAGGUGCACUCCUCUUUGGGAUUGCCAAAAAUGGAAAAACCAUCCAAAAAACAGAAAGUUAA